AUGGAGCAGGUGGGAGAGAAAAGGAAGAACCUAGACUCUUUUCACGGGGGUGAAAAGAGGCUCAAGCCUAAUGGAAAUUACCAAGGAGAUUCUGGAGAUAGGAGGGACAACAAGGGAAACUUUGGGAAGGGGAAUGGGGGACAGUCAUCCAACCAUAAAGGGAAUGGGACCAAAUUGAAGUUGGGACACCGUGAGUAUGAGUGUGUCAAGAAGGAAGCUGAUGUUAAGUCUAGGAAGGUGAAAGAGUCUAGUGCACCUAGUAAACCACCUCAGUUUAGUGGACCUACAACCAAGACUGGAACCAGUAGCGGUGCGGGAGGUGCCCCAAAGGGUCGUGUGUUCGUGAUGAAUAGUCGGCAGGCUGAGUCUGCUAAUGAUGUGGUAAUUGGUGUUUUCUUUAUAAGUUCUUUUCUUGUUAAAGUCUUGUUUGAUUCAGGGGCGUCGCAUUCUUUUAUUUCUAAGAAAGUAGUUGGGAGUCUCAGGUUAGAGAGUCCUGAGUCAGUUUCUCUAGAUGUGUCUAUUCUAUCUGGGGAAGUGAGGAGUUGUUCAAGAUUGUUUUUGAGUGUGCCUAUUUCCAUCUCUGAGGUAGAGUUUUUGGCUGAUUUGAUCGAGUUUGACUUGAAUGACUUUGAUGUGAUUCUGGGUAUGGAUUGGUUGGGAAAGUAUAAAGCAAAAAUUGAUUGUGCGGCUUAA